AUGGAUGACGACAGGAUACAACGGAGGCUGCUGUCAGAGGAUGGAUUGACUCUUGACAAAGCGCUCAGGUUUGCACAGGCUAUGGAGGCAGCAGACAGAGAUGGUGUGGAUUUGCAUGGCAUGAAAAAACAGGGUAAAUGGACCCGAGCGACGGGGUCACUUAACAAGGUCACAGAUGCCCACUCAAAACUCCAGCUGGACACACAGAUAUGCUACAGGUGUGGUGGAGACAGCCACUUGGCUGAAGACUGCAGGUCGGCCAAUCAGAAGUGCCACAACUGUGGGAAGUCUACGACAGUGCGGUUGCAUGAAGUGCAACACGUUGAAGGCGUGGAUCCAAAUGAGAAGCCCAUACUCCUGCUGUGGAUGUGGCCUCUUGGUAUUAGGUUCCAUCUCCAAACUUGUGCUAGACUCUACAACAUCACUGGCUGUGUUCUGACAGAUAACAGAACCCUCUACAACAAAGCCCAGGGAGUCGUUUUCUUUCAUAAACAAAUCCACGGAAAUCUUGAGAACUUACCCACGGACCCACGUCCUCCUUUUCAGAAGUGGAUUUGGUUUCAUGUAGAAUCUCCGAGGAACACACAGAUAAAGCGGGGAUUGGACAACUUAUUCAACCUGACACUGAGCUACAGAAGAGAUGCUGACAUUGUGGUGAGGAAUGAGCUCACCAUCAGGGACACUGAAAAUACAGAACCCAUUGUUCUGCCCAAGAAGGACAACCUGGUUUGUUGGAUUGUCAGCAACAGAAAUAAAGCAACUGUAACAUCUGGGAGGGAACAAUACUACACAGAACUGUCCAAAUACAUUAACAUCAGCGUUUUUGGUAAAGGUUUCACUGGGAAGAGGUUGAGCUAUGACCAAUAUUACUCCACCAUUGGUAGCUGUAAGUUUUACCUCUCCUUUGAGAACUCGAUCUGCGUAGACUACAUUGUUGAGAAGCUCAACGGGCCCCUCGUGGCAGGGACUGUCCCUGUAGUUUUGGGUCCUCCAAGAGCAAACUACGAACAGUUUGUUCCCUCAGAAGCUUUCAUUCAUGUGAAAGAUUUCCCCGAUCAUAAAGCUCUGGCUGAGUUUCUCCUCCGUUUGGACAAAAACGAUACAGAGUACAUGCGCUACUUUGAGUGGAGGAAGUACUACUCCGUCUCCCCUCACCUCCUCUCAACCAGGAAUGAAUUCAUUCAGCCCAUCUGCCUCGCCUGUGAGCAUAUUUCAAGAGACCGUAAUUUCCAUGUGGUUAAUGACAUUUACAGAUGGUACUAUUCAGGGAUCAUUCGCUGA